AGUAAAAGUUGUCAAAAAUAUAAAUAGUAAAGGCCAAUUCGCCCACCUCACAAAUGUAUCCCACUUUUUACAACGUUUUUAAUUCACAGUGUUACACUAACCGUAGGACCUUAUCGGAUUGUUUCCGAAGUUAGAGCUGAUUUGGAGAAAACCUCAAACACAUGAGUUUGUAAUUUGGAAUGUUUUCUUGGGGUGCUCUAAAUUACUAUUAUAUUCGUUUCUGGCCUUAAAAAAUAGGUGCUACAGCUUAGGGGUUAAGGUAUGGACUUCCCAAGAAACCCGGAUUGCACUAACCUAACAAAACCUUGCCUAAAUGAGGAUGCAACAGUGAUUUAUGUUAGAGAAUGUGUUUAGGUCUCAUUACUGGAAGGCAAUAUGCAUUUAAUUGAUAAUUGAGUUGUUUUAACUGCCCAUGCCUUGAAAGCAUGUUCUGGAGAUGCGUAGGGCUAAUUGAAUGUUUUUUGGUUUUGGUGAUGUGGGUUGAAUUCACCAUGCACAUCGAAUCCAGGUGAAACAUUUGUCAUUAAAUUUUGGCUUCAAAAUCCCACAGCAAUAUGCAGUUAGGGGCCAACUCAGCUCAAUCGCAUAUUCCUUUAUAAAACCUAAAACCCUUCACUAACUUACCUCUGCGCACAGCGACGCCCCAUUACGCCAGUGAAAAGCAACUAGACAGUGUUGAGCUCGCUGUGUGUUUAUUCUCGACUUGGCAUAUGUGCAUCGCACUGAAGGCGAGAGAGUGUGUUUCUCUCACUGGUGUCUGCUUUCAGUGACACUUCCUCACGAAGGGGGUCGUCGUUUAAGCUAUAGUGCUUGAAGCACAGCUGGUACCACAGGGUGUGUAAUGUCACAUAGGAGUUUUGAUUAUUUUUGUAUCUUUUUCCAGACACAGAAAAAACAACCCCAUCGGCUCAUUGUCCCGUGCCUCGCCUAACUUUGGACGGUCCGUAUCGGGCUCUCUUUAUCCUGGUCAGUGUCGCUUGCACUUGGAGGCUGACUUUUUGAGUUGGAUAUGGGUGAAAUCUGCUCAAGGCGCGGGCAAUGACACAUAUAAAAGGAUGACGGACAAGGAAGCUUUAAAGGGACUCUUCUCUCUGUCAAUUGUAUGGUGUUUUCUGAUCUCAGUUUCUGGAGAGGUCAUCUCUCAAGACACCUACCUAAAUACUCUGCAGAGUGCAGCUCCUCUGUCCUGUUUAGAGGGCUUCACUGAGCUGGGUUACUACAAUGGCUCCGUGUCUCAGACUGACUCUGGAUCACCCUGCUUAAAGUGGACAGAGUUCCCAGACUACGUCCUGCAGUACCCGAGCCGGGGGCUGGGCGACCACAGCUACUGCCGCAACCCCGACCGCGAAUCCAACCCCUGGUGCUUCUUCCGCCAGAGCUCUGGAGCCAUCGGCUGGGCCUACUGCGACUGCCACCAGGGAGCUGCCAGGUUGGUAGGUGGGUCCUCCCCUCAGAGCGGGCGUCUGGAGGUAUACCUAAAUGGCCAGUGGGGGGCGGUAUGUGAUACACACUGGACCGACCGCGAUGCCAGUGUGAUCUGCAAACAGCUUGGACUGGGUGAGAUCGGCACAGCCCUCCAGCACUCCUAUUUCGGGCCCGGCUCUGGACUCUUCCACUAUGAACGCCUUGGCUGCCGUGGCAACGAAAACUCUCUACUGGACUGCAGGAGUCGGAAGUUUGUCACUAGCGACUGUAACCAUGGCAACGAAGCGGGGGUGGUGUGUGCUGCACCUGAAGGCAAUGGCGCCCCCUUGAGGUUGGUAGGUGGCCUGGAGGACUUUGAGGGUCGUGUGGAGGUGUACCAUGAUGGGAGGUGGGGCACCAUCUGUGAUGACCAGUGGGAUGACAUCGAUGCUGAAGUUGUCUGUCGGCAGUUGGGCCUUGGGGGGGUACCGAAAGCGUGGACGUGGGCCCACUUUGGUCAGGGCUCUGGACCCAUCUUCCUUGACAGGUUGCAGUGUACAGGCAAUGAGCUUUCCUUGGAGGAGUGUCCCCACAACAACUGGCAACAACACAACUGUGACCACAUGGAGGAUGCUGGCGUGUCCUGUAACCCAUAUACAGAUGGUGUGGUGCGGCUGGUGGGAUCUGACAGUCCCUGGGAAGGUCGUCUGGAGGUGUACCACUCUGGGGACUGGGGUACGGUGUGUGAUGACAACUGGACUGAGCACCACGCACAAGUGGUCUGUAGACAGCUGGGCUUCAGAGGGCGUGCAGAGGUGGCAUCAGACGGGCUGUACGGGGAGGGCACAGGGCUAAUCCUGCUGGAUGAAGUGCAGUGUAAGGGCUCAGAGGGCACCCUGCUGGCCUGCGGGCACGCCGAGUGGGGACGCCACGACUGCUCCCACAGCGAGGACGUAGGGGUGCGCUGUGAGAGGGGAGGUGAAACCAACGAGGUGCCAGGGCUGCCACACAUCACAGGCCCUCUGGUGCGACUGGUUGCUGGAGAGAGCCGGAAGGAAGGGCGUGUGGAAGUGUUUCUGAAUGGCCAAUGGGGGAGCGUGUGUGAUGACGGCUGGAAUGACAUCAACGCUGCAGUGGUCUGCAGGCAGCUGGGAUUUGUUGGGGUGUCCAAGGCUCGCUCCAUGGCCUAUUUUGGAGAGGGCCAGGGCCUUAUCCACCUGGACAAUGUUAGGUGCACAGGGGCUGAGACGUCCCUGGGGGAGUGUCCGGCCGAGGGAGAAGAUGCCCAUGACUGCCGGCAUAGUGAGGAUGCAGGGGUCAUCUGUGACUACGUACCCGAACCGGUGGGGGACGGCGCCAUAAUAACGCAGACCUGUGGCAUGAGGCCAAACACACAGCGACGCAGGAGGAGGAUUAUUGGUGGAGACAAGUCAAUCAGGGGGGACUGGCCUUGGCAGGUGUCUCUGUGGCUCAAGUCCCAGUCCAAAGGGAACCAUCCACUGUGUGGAGCCACGCUCAUCAACUCCUGCUGGGUCCUGACUGCUGCACACUGCUUCAAGAGGUUUGGCAGGGACCCAUCUCGCUACGUGCUGCGACUGGGUGACUACCACACGGAGGAGAGGGAUGACUUUGAGCGCAGCCUGUCCCCAGAGCUCAUCGUCAUCCACAGGAAGUACCACAGCCAGGGCUCGGAGUAUGAUAUCGCCCUACUCAGGCUGAAGGGCACCGAGGGAAACUGUGUGGCCUUCAACCCUCAUACCAACUCAGCCUGCCUCCCUGCGCCUGGCAACAAGUGGGGCAAGAGGCCUGCCGCCUGUGUCAUCACAGGGUGGGGCAUCACAGACUCGGAGUACUCCCGUACUCUGCUGCAGGCCUGGGUUCCCCUGCUGCCCUCCUGGAAGUGUAAGAAGCGAUACGGCGAGCGCUACACCAGCCGCAUGCUGUGUGCGGGCAGCCUGUCGGACCGUCGGCGCGUGGACAGUUGCCAGGGUGACAGUGGUGGUCCCCUAGUAUGUCAGGGGGAGGGUGGGCGCUGGGUGCUGACGGGGAUCAUUUCCUGGGGUCAUGGCUGUGGUGACCCCUCCUUCCCCGGGGUGUACACGCGGGUCAGCAGGUUCCUGCGCUGGAUUGACCAGGUCACCAACAACCCACCGAAAAUCUGAUGCUGCCACCGUGCCAUUGGACAGCCAGUGUUAUCAUAUGAAUUUGGGGUUGAGGGGGAGGUGGGGGGAUUAAAGGAGCAGUGACCUGUUAGAGAGGGUUACCACACCCUGGUAUCUGCUCCUGGUCUCACCCACAUCCAGCAGAGUGCUUUUAAUUCCCUUUUUUCGCCUACACUUGGAGAAGCCUGUAAAUGGCAUUGUGCAUUCUUGAUUUUGUGGAAUUAACACUUUGACGAGAGCAUUUAAUGCACCAGAAAGCCAGACUGCAUAGGUGAAUGACAUUGCACUAUAAUGCAUGCCAUACUAUCACCCUGCAACACCUGUGAAUGGCCAAUUAAUGGUGCCAUUGGGAGUAAGUCUAGUCAGGAGCGUUAGGUGGAAUAUCUUUAAGGUACAAGAUUGUAUAUGUAAAGUACAUACAGACAUGUGGCUUUUAAAUGAAUAUGGUUUCAUGAACAUUCCAGUUGUUCAUGCAUUUUUACUUAUGCCUACACUAAUGUGCUCCACUCUUGAUUGAAACAAUUGGUCAAAUUAGUCAGUGUACAGAUCGCUGGUUUAGACCAUAGGAGAGGCAUGAGUGGGCCUUUACGAGGCUCUGUACAUGUGGCAAUGAUGACAUGGCUACUCACAAUGGCUUAAAUGAGGUACUGCCUGUUUGCCUGCCUACCCACAGUAUCUAUCUGUCUACCACUUUAUCUUAGAAGCUGCACAUCCCUACUAUCAAUGUUAUGUGAAGCCAGAUGUGUGGGGGUGUGUGUGUGUGUGUGUGUGUGUGUGUGUGUGUGUGUGUGUGUGUGUGUGUGU